UCACUUCACCAAAUAUAUAAUUUUAUGGCCAACCCUUCUCUUUAUUUUCAAUUCUCCUUCAGCAUCUUUUAUCUUAUUGAAUUAAACUUCGACAAUGGCCUUUUCCCUCCGUGGAUUGACAUUAACGUUAACCUUAAUAUGCGAGGUUAAAAUUGUGAUUUGAAAGGACAUGCAAACCUGCUAAAUCUGUGCCAUUCAGGUCUCCAUAGUGUCAGAUCUAUCUAUCAUGCCAGGGUUCGUUCAGAGGCUGAUCAGUAGUCAGAGGAUUUAGCAACUGCUUAGAUUUAGCAAACGAAUGUUAGUAGCUAGUGAAGCUAGACGAAUUUGAGGGCACAUCUGUUGCUUGCGUAGAACAUUGUUUAGUAGGGUAGUAAUUUAGCAAUCGGGUGAUACAUAUAACGUUAGCUAAGAUAGCUAGCCUAACGUUGACGUUACAUACUUAGUAACGUUAGCUGGCUAAUUUAGCAUAGCAAUCCACAUCCAUGCAAUGGCAGGAAACGUGAAAGACAAGGAGGCUUUUCAAAGACUGAACUUCCUGUAUCAGGCUGCACACUGUGUUUUGUCUCAAACCUCUGAGAAUGUGGAGUUAGCUCGUUUUUACUGCUUCACUCAGAAGACAAUCGCAAAACGUUUGGUACUGAGACAAGACCCCUCAGUGAAAAGAACAUUAUGUAAGAAGUGCUGCUCUUUGCUGGUCCCAGGAGUAACUGCCACAGCCAGACAGAGAACGACUAAGCAUAGAAACUGCAUGACUGUGCUGCGAUGUCUUCACUGUGGGCAGUGCAAGAGGUUCCUAAACAAUCCGGAGCAUCGCCUGUGGGUGGACCAGCCUGAGGCUCAGCUGGAGAACCAAUCACAGCCAGAACAAGGUCCCUCCACUAAAGAGUUGAAGGAGAAAGCAGAUGGACCCAUAUCGCAGCUAUCCUCCACAGGGCCUUCCUCUACCCAGCACCAGGUGCCUCCAUCCAAGCCCAAAACCUGAGCCCUGUGGCCUCAGUAGCCCAUUCACAACUGGACAUAGCUGCUUUGUGUGGCAUUGACACAUAUUUUUUUAACUAUAUCAUAAAUGUUUGAAUAUGAUGAUUUUUUUUUUUUGCCAGUGACAACCUGUUACAUCAGUGGUAUGAUGUAACAGGUUGUCAUUGUAAUGGUUGAGGUUGGUUAAAAAUACAUUUGAUGUUUAGUCUACCUCAACGUGCUCACAGUGUACAGGAAGUUCAGGAACGACAACCAAUGUUAAAUGUCCUUUUCAUAAACAUUUAUUUUUAAUUUAUUUAUUACUUCUGUAAGAACACAGGCGAUAUGAGUUGUACUAUCAUAAAUGUACAGAUGUUCUACAGCCCACACCUUUUUUGUCAGUAACUUAAGGAGAGAAUAGGCUGUUGAAUAUAAUGCUCAGUGCAUAGUGAAAUAUCUUCUCCCAAUAGGAACACAAUUAAGUAGUGUGUUCCUAAUGCACUCAUAUGUCCUAUAUUGCCUCAGCUGAGGUGGAUGAUGUCUUUCUUUCACUUUUUCUUUUCAUCUCCGUCCCCCUUUGGCACCUGUACGUGGGUCUUCUGGGAAUACAGCAGAUUCUUUGCAAAAAUCCUGGGGAUGUGACCCAUGUACAGGAGAAGGGCCAGGGUCAUUCCUGAAAAGAGGAUAUCUGUAUUACCAAUUAUGCCUCAUUGUUAUGCAUAAAGCCUGUUUCACACAUUACCUUUGGCAAUUACAUUUUGUCUAUUGGUGUACUUUUAUUAGGGGUUUGUAUAUAAUGAACAAUUUCUGAUUUGACUUACCAAUAAUGGGCCCAAGGCAGUAGACCACUGAGUACUCCGUAAAGGUAAACCCAGGACAGUAGAAGGUAAGGCCAUAGGCCAGGGAGGGGUUCAGGAAAGCUGAGGUAUAACCACUGGCUGACAUGCAUAGAAAGAUGAGUUAUCGAAAUGGGAUGCAGAAAUAGAUUUUGCUCUGACAAACAAAUAUAACACAAAGAAAACAGCAUAAAGGCCUAUGCAACUUUAAUGAUUAUCUCUACUGAAAUGUCUUUCUAUAUUUGAGGUGCGAUGGUUGUCAUCAUGGGCUACUUACCUGCAUGGGAGAGAAGGGUGAGCACAGCUGCAAAGAAAGGCACCCGAACCAACGCAGCGCGACAUCUCAGGCUGAGGUAUAUCAGAUAAAAGAUGAAUGCACACACACACUCACAAUAGACCCCCUGCACCAGGGAGACACUCAGGGCUGUGCUGCACUCCCUGAAUAUCAGGUUCUUAAUUAUGUGCAUGUCAUUGAGCUCCAUUGCCCAGUAGUAGCCAGCUACAAUCAGGGCCAGGUGUGCCCCCAGGAACUGAGCAGCCAAAGCCAGCAGAGUGUGCAGAGUAGGGGUCUCCAGCAGCAGGAAAUUCAUCAGAGUCAGGGAGGGGUUUCCAGUGGCUCCAGCACAGAUCACACCAUGGGUCAGCAGCACCACAAACCGUAGGGUCAGAGUAACAUCUGAUCCCAGUCCCUCUGCCCACUCACCAAUCUCUAUAAUGGUCUGCACCUCCAGCCAGCAUGCCACCAGCACAAAUGAGGUUGUGAACUCUGAUGCAAAGAUCAAACAAGGCCAUUUUCUGAAAAGGACUCUAAAGACUGCACCAAACGCCACAACAGCAAGAAAGUAACCAAGGGAGACAUCAAGUUCAGACAUCGUUAGGUUCACAGAUGCUAGCUACUACACCUCACUGGUUCUUCUCACACAGUGUAUGACUUGUUGGGCAGUUUGCUGUCUGUGUGAUUGUGACAACGUGGAGAAGUGUUUUCUCAACACAGAAACACUGACUUUUCAUCCCACACCACCUGCCAAAAUACACACUGCCCUUUUCGAGGUCAAUUCAGGAAAGUUACUUUGCCCCAGGGAUAAGGGCAAAUUACUUCUGUAACUUACAACAAAGAUAUAGUUUAUUGAGCCUGAGGGAAAUGUCUGUUAAACCUUAAUAAUGCUUGUGUACUAAGAUAUCCUUCAAGCCUAGACAUUGGGCUUGAGAUUGUUAAAAAGUAACUCAUAUAACAUAGAAAGGUGUGUGUGCGCAUUGAUAUAGGCCUGUUCUAACUGUUCUGUGUGUGUAGAAUGAACCCAUGAUGUCCGGGCACUCAACCGAGAAUGUGACAGAAACUGACUGGUUCCUCUUGAUCCUGGACAGACUAAAGGUUAUAUCCUGCACACCAGUAACAGAGCUAUUGUUCUGUUUUGGAACCUGUUUCUGGGGAAAGAUUGUGGUGGAGAAAUCAGAAUCAGCUAAGUAACACAGAUAUUUAAGAUGUGUUAUCUGCAGAAUAUGCUUACAUGAUUGAACUGUUGAAACUGUUAUUAGAAUAUCUCCUUUCGGGCUCUGGUGUUGGCAGCUGCGCUUCCUCCCUCAUGGGCCUCAGUCACCUUGGGUCCAGAGAGGGGAGAAGUCUGCCUUAUCUAUCAUGUCCCUGUUGCUAUACAGAAUAUCAGCCAGGAGUAUGGCAAAGGAGGUCAGAAGGAAACAUUGUUUCCAUAUGUGAACUGUGUGUCUUUAUUGCAUACCAUGCAUGUGAAGGGAUGGUGUGAGUAAUGGGGAACCAAUCACUUGUCUCCACAGUGUCUGUGUCAGUCACCUCCAAGGGGGAGAUAGUUUCCAACUUGAACUAGGGGAGAGAACAAAGUAACAACAAAUGUCCCAAGUUCUUAGUACUGAACAAAACAAGUUAUUUGUAUUUGGGGCCCAAGGUCUGGCACAGGAUGUGUGGGGUUAGUGUUUGGAACCAUUGUACGUCAUAUCUGAAGUUGCACCUAUCCUGAGAUAGUAUUUAACCCAGAAGCUAACUCCACUCUGUGGGCUCUCACUCCACCACCUGCGGGGGUGGGGCGACCAGUCUCCUUGUUGUAACAAGUCUUUAAAAAAAAUUAAUACUUUGAAUGAUUA